AAUCACGUGACUCGCUGUUGCGACUUAAGGGUACAAAAUGGAGUUGUCUGAGUCUGUGCAAAGAGGUCUGCAAUAUCUUGCAGAUUCGGUGCAUUUUGACCUGAAAACCUUCACCGCAUUCACAGAGGUAGCCUUCGGGAGCUUGGUCUCCCGGUCUGAAUGUGGACUGGAUCACCCACAAUUGAAACAUAUCGAUCAAAGUUUACUGAAGCAUUGCCAUAUUGCCACAACAACUUUCAUACUUGAAGGUGUGAAGCAAAAUGCUGACAAAUCUACAUUAAGCUCAUGCCUGGAAGACGUUUCAUUUGAUGCUGAGAGGAUAGACGUGUUUUACAGUUCAUACCAGCGCCAUAAAAGAAGUCUGGAAAACCUUUUGGAGAGUAUCGGAGGAAGUCCCCCUCACGUAACAGAUGUCUUAUGGCGACUAGACUACUGUAUCAAGAACAGUCAUGUCCACAAGGUCAACCAACCGUCCUAUUUGAUCUCUUUUCAUGUGGAGAAUGGUGAUAGUGGAACAUCCUCGAAAGAAGUUAAUUUUAAUUGUACAAUGGAACAACUUCAGGAUAUGGUGGGGAAGAUGAAGGACGCUGCAAAAAGUUUGGAGAAAGCGACACAGUCCUAAGCUCAAUAUGUUGUCUGGGAAAGACUAAAGAAAUGUAAGAUUCAGAGGAUCCAUGUUUCUCAUUCCUGUUUUCACACCAGAGAGGACCGACACGCCGGUGAAUUAAUAUUGUCUUGGUCAAUUUACGUUCAUCAAUUGUAAUAAUCUUUGUUUUUAAACCAUCCGUUGCAUAUUUUGCUAUUAAAUCAUUUUCUGAA